CCCUCCCUCCCUCCCGCUCUCCCUUUCCCUCUCCCUCUCCCUCUCUCUCUCCGUGGGAGAAGGAAAUGGGUGCACUGGACUACCUCUCCAACUUUUGCAGUGUUACUGAAACAAGGAGAUCACUGAGAAAGAAAAGAAAGCCUCUGCAGACUGUGGAGCUGAAGGUGAAAAUGGAUUGUGAUGGCUGUGAAAGGAGAGUGAAGCAUGCUGUUACCUCAUUAAAAGGUGUGACAAUGGUUGAUGUGAACCGAAAGCAGAGCAGGGUGACCGUGACCGGCCAUGUGGAGCCAAAGAAGGUCCUGAACAAGGUGAAGAGCACCGGGAAGAGGGUGGAAUUCUGGCCUUACGUCCCUUACAAUCUGGUCUACUACCCUUACGCAGCUCAGGCGUACGACAAGAGGGCCCCCUCCGGGUUUGUCCGCAAUGUGGACCAAGCCGUGCCGAGCCCCGGUGCACCUGAGGAGCAGUUCUCAUCACUCUUCAGCGAUGACAACCCAAACGCCUGCUCUAUUAUGUGAGGGAAAAUAGUAGGCGUGGUCUUUUUUGAACUUGUUUUUUAGGUCAUCUGGGGGUGAUGGAGAGGUUUUGUGAUGAAUGGUGCGUGUUAUGGUAGAAAGGGAGAAGCUAUUAGUUCUUAAUGCAGGGAUUUUCGGUGUAUAUUUUGCUCGUUUCUUCGAAGUGAAAAGCUUUUAUUCGCUGCCGGAGUGUGGUUCAUUUGUU